AUGGGGCUUGUAAUCCACUGUCUCAUCAGAGGAAGGCCUCAGAGUUCGCAGUCCAGCUCUGGACGCGGCCCCAUGUGAACCUCGGCGGCUGCUGAGCACGCAGCACAUGUCGCGAUGCAGCACUACGGGGUGAACGGCUACUCCCUGCACGCCAUGAACUCGCUCAGCGCCAUGUACAACCUGCACCAGCAGGCGGCCCAGCAGGCCCAGCACGCCCCCGACUACCGGCCGUCGGUGCACGCGCUUACGCUGGCCGAGCGCCUGGCUGAUAUCAUCUUGGAGGCCCGCUAUGGCUCCCAGCACCGCAAACAGCGUCGCAGUCGCACGGCGUUCACGGCUCAGCAGCUGGAGGCCCUGGAGAAGACCUUCCAGAAGACUCACUAUCCAGACGUGGUGAUGCGUGAGAGGCUGGCCAUGUGCACCAACCUACCCGAGGCCCGGGUGCAGGUGUGGUUCAAGAACCGUCGGGCCAAGUUCCGGAAGAAGCAGCGCAGCCUGCAGAAAGAGCAGCUCCAGAAGCAGAAGGAGGCUGAGGGCUCCCACGGGGAAGGCAAGACCGAGGCCCCACCUCCAGACACCCAGCUGGAGACUGAGCAGCCCCCCAGCCUGCCCGGCGGUGACCCCCCUGCUGAGCUUCACCUGAGCCUGUCAGAGCAAUCUGCCAGUGAGUCAGCCCCCGAGGACCAGCCGGACCGGGAGGAAGACCCCCGGGCAGGAGCCGAGGAUCCCAAAACUGAGAGAAGCCCUGGGGCUGAGAGCAAGGGGCUGGGCUGCAAGAGGGGCAGCCCCAAGGCAGAUUCGCCGGGCAGCCUGGCCCUGGCUCCCGCAGCCCCCGGGGGCGGCCUCCUGGGCCCCUCCCACUCCUACUCCUCCUCCCCGCUGAGCCUCUUCCGUCUGCAGGAGCAGUUCCGCCAGCACAUGGCCGCCACCAACAACCUGGUGCACUACUCGUCCUUCGAGGUGGGGGGCCCGGCCCCCGCGGCCGCCGCGGCCGCCGCCGCCGCCGCCGUGCCCUACCUGGGCGUCAACAUGGCCCCCCUGGGCUCACUGCACUGCCAGUCCUACUACCAGUCCCUGUCGGCGGCCGCCGCGGCCCACCAGGGCGUGUGGGGGUCCCCGCUGCUGCCGGCGCCCCCGGCAGGCCUGGCCCCGGCCUCGGCUGCCCUGAACAGUAAAACCACGAGCAUCGAGAACCUGCGGCUUCGGGCCAAGCAGCACGCCGCCUCCCUGGGACUCGAUACGCUGCCCAACUGACGGCUGGCCUCGCACCCAGCCAGGGCUCCUGGGUGCCCCCAGCCCAGCCCCACGGUUAUCCCAAGACGGCUCUCUAGGAGUUAAUUAAGUCCGUGAGCCCAGGGAUGCAGGGGUUCGGGAGUCCUGCCUCCUGCCCCUUCCCCCAGAGCUCCAUCCCCUGUGCAUGGCCCUGCUUGGAUCCCACGGAGGCCCAAUGGGGAGGCGGUGAGAGGCCGGUGCCCCCCCCUCCCCGCCCCCCGUCGCCUCGGGGAGUAAGAGGCUCUCGCUGGCUAGACCCCCACCUGUGCCGCCUCCUCCCGUCGCUCCCUCCCUCCCCUUCUGCCCCUAGUAAGUUGGUGUGUGGAAUGUGAGAUAUAAAUAUAAAUAUAUAAAGCUAUAUUUUCAGGCACCUGCCUGCCCCAGGCCCCGCCCCCCAUCUCUUUACCUCCAACGCCCCUGCCUCCGCCCCGCAGCUUCUGCAUCCCACUCGGCCUGGCCUUCCCGUCUCUCCGUCUCUCUCUCCCCUUUCCUUCUUCCCCGACUCCCUCUCCCUGCCUCUGUCCCGUGGGCCACCCCGUCUCCCCAGCCGCUGUCUUCCCCACCCUAGACACGCCCCCGGCCCCCAGGUCCCUUCUCCCCGCUCCCGCUUUCUUUCUUCGGUGCUGGCUGUGUCGGUGUCGUCAGUCCCCAGGCUAUGUUCCCUUGGGGUUGUAGCUUUUUGGUUUUAGUAAUUGUCCUUCGCCCUGUUCCUCUCUUUCGCUUCUUCCCGGCCUGCCCGUCGCCUCCCCGCUGGCGCCCCCUCGAGCGCCUCUUUGCAUCCCCAACGGAGGCGAGAGGACCCUCGCCCUCCCUCCCUGGAGACCCUGUAGCCACUGGAGCUGCAAGCAGGAGGGGGCGCUAGUUCCCACACCCCCCCUCCCCCAGGCCUGGAGGCCAGAAGGACGUAUUCUCUUACCUCUCUUUUCCAGCUUUGAACACCCCCACCCGGUCCCCCCGCUGAGAAGGAGGGGCGGAUGCAGGAGUCAGACUGGGGCGGGCAGUGGACGGCAACCUCCUGGCUGUAGGACCUCCAGGAGGGAGGCGGGCUGCCAGGCUCAUCCAGGCCUGGCCACAGGGCUCUAGACCCCUCUUUGGUGAGACAUCCCUGGGUGGAGGGCAGCAGUGGGGAGGGGGUGCCCUCCGAGACGGAUCUGCAGAGGAAAGCGGUCCCAUAGCCGCCGGGCCGCCAGGUUCCAAAGCUAGUGUCCAGGGCUGGCGUGGGGCUGAGCCGGGAGGGAAGGUGGGACUCUAGGUCCUCACCACAGAAACUCAAACCACCUGGCAGGGAAGGCGGGGGUCUCAGUUCUGUCCCGGGGAAGGGGGGUGUGCUGGCCCAGAGGCAAUUGUAAGGACCUCAGGCGUUUGACCUUGAGUCAGCCUGUGGCCUCUCUCGGGCUGUUUCCCCACCUGGAUUAGGUGGCCUGUAACAUCCUGCCCGGCUCUGACAUUCUGUGCCUACAGCUUUGCAGGGCAGAAGCUUUUAGUUAAACUAACAGCAAGCACCGAAAGGCUCUCAAAAGCACAAUGUAGAGACUAGAAAAGGACAGUCGCUUUGCUGCGGAGCCACGGGUGUCGCAAGCACAAGCCUCUCCGUGAGCAUGGCCACCUUCUCUGGGUCUCAGUUUCUCCAAGAAGUAUAAGGGGUCCCUUUGAGUUGAGACAAUCUGCACUGGAUCCUGCUCCUCUUGAGUUUUAGUCCAGCCUCUCUGUCACCCCUUCUCCAAGCCUUCACAUGGGCUCAGGGGCUCAGGGCAAGGGGAGGACAAUGGCUUGUGCAGAUGCUGGGUCAUGAUCCCCGGGGCUUUGUGGCUCCCCACUGAAGCCCCCCCCCCCUGCUUAGAGAAGUUGCAUCUGAAAACCAGGGUAAAGAUCCCUAAGGCUUGUCCCCUCUCCCAGUGGGAAGAGAGGGGUGGGUCCACCGGGGCCUCGGGAAGAUUGGUUGACAGAGCAGGCGAUGCCCUUGAUCCUAGGGGAGGCUGUCCGGGCUGCGGCAGACGGAGAAGGCUUGGAAUGGGAAAAAAAAAAAGUGAAGGGCAUGGUAGCUUGGGCCAGGAAAGCUGUUUGAACAAAGCAAUGCUUUAGACUGCAUGGGCGAUGGGGAAGUGUGGCUAACUUCGUGAGAGGUGGGGCUGAGGGUGAAACCCAGGAGAAAGACCUCACCUCGAUGUGGCCGUGACCAAGGCAGGCAGAUGAGGUCUUCUGAAGCGGGGGAUCAGCUGAACCAGUAUCGAGUAUCUGGAAUCUGGAAGGUAAAGCAAAGAGCCACAGGAGAUCACGGGAGAGACUUGGGCAGGGGCACAGCGGGGUGGCAGAGACUCUAGAAGACAGAGGGGGUUUCUGGUUUAUCGUCUGGGGUCAGUGCCAGGAAGGUCUGUUUAGGAAGUGCAAAUAAUCUCAUGUAGCCCAGGCAUGGUUUUGCCAAAGCGUUUUGCUUGUCUCUGGAGGCAAACGACCGUCACUGGGCUUUGGAAUCCAACAGCUCUAGACCUCACCACUUCCUCCAGGAAGCCUCCCCUGACUUCGCCAGGAGCAAGUCGGCCCCGAAGUCCUGUGCUGUCGUGGUGAAGCCAGGCCCUUCUCCAGCUCUCAGCCCAGUUCCCUCCGAGCUUUGUAACAUUCGCUCCAAUCUCCCAGCCCGGAGGAGGCCAGGGCACUGGACGACUACUCCUUCCCCGGGACAAACCUCGACCUAGUUUAGGGGACCGGUCUCAGGGACCGAAAGCAGCCAGAGAGAGAGAGGGGAGUGUACGUGUAAGCCAGGCCCUGUGUCUCCCAUGAGCUUGGGGUGGGGGGGCCCGCCGCACCUGAGACUGAGGCUGCGGCCUCUCCCAGGUCGGCUCGGCCACCUCCCAGCUGAGAGCCCAAGGCUUUGAACAGUCCCUUCCAGGAAGGCCUCAUUCGGCUCCUCUCCCCGUGUCUGAGGCCUCCGUUUCCCCGCGUCCUCACCUCCUCAGAGCAUGGUCCAGGGGCCUGGGCCCCCCACCCCGACUCCGCAGCGGCGGGCUGUACAGAUUGCUUUCCAAACCAGCUGUUUUGUGACCUUUUGUGCUUAGAGGUCGUGCCAGCCCAUGGCAAAACCACUGUGUACCGUAUUUAUUUAUUCUGUUAGUUGAUAAAAAACACGACUCAGAUGCCCCCGCCCCUGCUCCUCCCCCUGCGUGGUGCAGCAUGACACUCUGUCGUGUGUGUCCCUCUGUCUGUCUGUCUGUCUGUCUGACUUCCUGUGACGCUGUGACCUGUUCUUUGUCCUACUUGGCUAAUAAAAGAGA